GUUGGGCGUCAUGCAGUUGUCAGUGGUUGAUCCAACUUGGGAACUUCUGGACCCAAACCCUGAUAUUCGUGCAUUAUUUCUGGAGUUCAAUGACACUUUUUUCUGGGGACAGUUGUCUGGUAUAGAAGUAAAGUGGAGCGCAAGGAUGACGCUAUGUGCUGGAGUCUGCAGUUAUGAAGGGAGAGGCGGAUUAUGUUCUAUUCGACUUAGUGAGCCCCUUUUGAAGUUAAGACCAAGGAAAGAUCUAGUACAGACUCUUCUUCAUGAGAUGAUCCAUGCUCUUCUCUUUGUCACCCACAACAAUAAAGAUCAUGAUUCGCAUGGCCCAGAAUUCUGCAAACACAUGGAGCGUAUAAACAAGCGUACUGGGGCCAAUAUUUCAGUUUAUCAUAAUUUUCAUGAUGAAGUGGAUGAGUAUAGAAAACACUGGUGGCUAUGUAACGGGCCAUGCCAAAAAAGAAAGCCAUAUUUUGGUUAUGUGAAACGUGCAAUGAACCGAGCACCAUCUUCUCUUGAUCCUUGGUGGGCUGACCAUCAACGCACUUGCGGAGGGGAAUUUGUUAAGAUCAAGGAGCCUGAAAACUAUUCUCAGAAAAGGAAAAGAAACAAUGAUCCUACCAAAUCGGAGCUUGGAAACUCCUCUCAUGUCAAAAUUAACAAAGGAAAAAGCAAUGGAGUUGAUAUCCGUACAGUAAUUCCAUUUAGUGGCACUGGUUACAAACUUUUUGAACCCAGUAAAUCAGAUGCACAACUGAAAAUCCAGAAUGAUAAUCCGACUAAAGAUAAAGCAGUGAUGCACCAUACUCCUCCUAGCACAAACCAAACAGAUAGCACUUUCCUGUCUAGAAAAAUUGUGAGUGCCAAAAAAAUAUCUGUUGCAAACACCAAAGUGUUCAUAAAUUUAAAUGGAUCUCCAAUAAAGCUUCCAUCGAGCAGCAACAACAAAUCACACCAGGAUUCUUCAAAACAAAAAUCAGUCCUCCACUUCUUUAAGACACAGAAGGAUAAUUCAAUCGACUUAACAUCAUCAUCACAAAGUUUUCCAUCUACCUCUCAAGGACCAAACAGAGAAGAAACAGAACACUUUUACAAAAAGCUACAAAUGGAUGAUAAAGAAAGUAAAGAUACUUUUAUAAUUCAUUCACUGAACAAAACUAAUGUUAGUGACAGCCUAAACAAUAAGAGCUGUGCUGGACCUGCUGCUACAAUUAAUUCUGGUUUAAACCAUACAAAAGUUUGCUGCCCUGUUUGUGGGACUGAGAUUUUCGAGUCUAAAAUCAAUGACCAUUUAGAUACCUGCUUACAAAACUACAACACGUGAUAACGUCAUUACCACUGUGUGUGCAGUGGUGUUUUGUUUGUUUGAUAAAACUGAAGAUCGCCAAUGUAGAUUUUUAAUCAAUAAAUAUAUUUUUAAAAAGUU